GGGGCGGGGCGGGGAAGGAGGUCGCCGAUGCGUGACGUUGCUGAAGGGUUCGGGCUGCCGCCGCCGCUGCCUGUUAUUGUUCCUGCUCUUGCGGGCGGCCGUCUCCGGACGCUGAGCGGCGCGAGGGGGGGGGGGAGGCGCACGGAGCGCUUGAGCAGAGGGGAGCGGGCUCCGUUCGGUGCCUGUUAACGGUUCCGAACUCUCCGCUGCGCGAGCCCUGACAGCGCGGGUGGGGGGAGAGUGCGCGUCAGCGAGGAGCGAGCGAGAGACCGAGAGGCGGCGGGGAUUGGGCGGCCAUGGCCUACGCGUAUCUCUUCAAAUAUAUCAUCAUUGGGGACACGGGUGUUGGGAAAUCAUGUUUAUUGUUACAGUUUACAGACAAGAGGUUUCAACCAGUGCAUGACCUUACUAUUGGUGUAGAAUUUGGUGCUCGAAUGAUAACAAUUGAUGGAAAACAGAUAAAACUUCAGAUAUGGGAUACGGCAGGGCAAGAGUCCUUCCGUUCCAUCACAAGGUCAUACUACAGAGGGGCAGCAGGGGCUUUACUAGUAUAUGACAUUACAAGGAGAGACACUUUCAAUCACUUGACAACCUGGUUAGAAGACGCUCGCCAGCAUUCCAAUUCCAACAUGGUCAUUAUGCUUAUUGGAAAUAAAAGUGACUUAGAGUCUAGAAGAGAAGUGAAAAAAGAAGAAGGUGAAGCAUUUGCACGAGAGCAUGGACUUAUUUUUAUGGAGACAUCUGCCAAAACUGCUUCUAAUGUCGAGGAGGCAUUUAUUAAUACAGCAAAAGAAAUCUAUGAGAAAAUCCAAGAAGGAGUCUUUGAUAUUAAUAAUGAGAUCUCAGGAACACCAGUGCCAUCAACAAAGGAUCCAAUUAUAUGUAUUGCUGUAAAGAACGUGUACAGUUCGCCAGGACAUAGACUCCACCGUCCACAAAGAUCAUCACAGGAUGUUGUUCGCUGUUGAACAGGCCUGUAAAGGACCAUGUCUAAUGUCAUGACACAUUUGAUUCAGUUAUGCAGAUAUAUUUGUUCAUGUGUUCCAGCUGCAUAAAGAAUGUUAACUGAGCAAUCAGUGGGGUUAGCAGGUAUGAUUGGGAGGAUGCAUACAUGCGUCUUUUGCUCUGGCACCAUUUAUAAUGUUGUAUUAAAAGCUGACCAUGUUGGAGAAUGUACCUUUCUCCUGAAAUGUUGUAGUAUGCUGUGUCCUGGGUUUCCAACUCAUUUGAGGGUGUGUUCUAUCUCUUCAACUGAAACCAUACUCAAUGAUUUUUUUGCCUCUGAAGUACAUCUGACUUGCAUAAACCAAGUGAGGGCAAGGUUAGCGAAUGUAGAAAAGCUCUACUGUAGUCUAUUUAACUGCUACUUCAUUGAAAACUGGACUUCUUGGCUUCAGAAUUUUUGAAUCUUGAUAGGAAAAUGAGUAAGUUAUGAAGUUUGUAAGCUCCUUCAAGGACCCAGUUUUUUGCUGGUCCAGAUAGCUCUUGAGGAAGGGACUGACCCCAUUAAUUCACUUCUAAUAGCAGACCAUCACAUUGGCAUAAAUGGUACCUUUGCCACAUGGAACUGAAUGAAGAAUUGUGUUUUCCACCAGACCCUGUCUAGGAUAGUUUUAUAUUUAGUGCUGUUGAGAACUUGGACUUCCUUGAAGAUACAGCAGAUGGCAAAGAACCUCAUUUUCAAUUGCAGUCUCCAGAUGGAGUACUCUGUUUUGGAAUGAAUUGGUAAACCAACAGCUACUUGUAUGUAAUCUACCACUAUGUGUCUCUCAGUUGUCAUGCAUGUGUUGGAAACCUGCCUUUCACUCAAACACACGCACAUGAGGCUUGUGCUAUGCUUGCUUAUUAAUAUACUUGUUCUGAAGUCAUUUAAACUACUGAUGCACUUCUUUAAAGAGGUAGAACAGGUCACACAGUAUUUUUUUUUUUUUUUUUAGAUUUGUCAUCCAUUAUGGAUCCCUGAAAUUCCCAUAUACUCCAGGACAGAAUAGUUUUCCAUAUAAAUUUAGCAGCUGCAAACAGUCUUCAUGUUACUAUUAACAUCAGUGCUUUCUUCUGCUUUUGGUAUCCUUAAAAGCUGCAAAAUGUUGUGGUGCUAUGAUGCAUUUAUGCAGAUAUGAUUGAAAAAGCUACAUUCAUAUCCCACAGUCCAUCUUCAAUAAGUUUCUUAAGAGCCUUUCUGCUAAGCAUUUGUUCCUCUUCAAUCCCUUCAAAGCACACUGUACGUAGUUCUGCGUUGGCCAUCACCACCACUUUCCCAUCCACUAGAGCGCUUUUGAGGCAAUUCGUGAACUCUAGCUGAGUCGCACAGUUUGCAGUAGUAAAAUCAGUAUUGGUUUCUGUUGCUUUGCCCUUUUGACAUAACACAUUAUAUAUGUUACUGGUGUAAGGCUUGGUGUAGCACAUUAAUACAUUUCUGGUGUAGGAUGUGAUAUGCAAUGUCAUGUACAUGGGUGUCUUUUGGGUCAGUGUACCCACUUUACUUUCCCUGCAGUGCUUUUGCUAAAAGUGACUGCUUCAUGUAGUUUCUCACCUGCUGAAACGUGCUUAAUUGAUGCCUUUGAUCUUUCUGCUUACUGCAAAAGAAGCAGUUGUUCUUCUCAAAAUGUACGUCUUGGGACCUACUAUUAGGUGUCUCGCCCAUAGCUGGCACUUGUCCCAGAAUCCUCAACUUUUUCCUGUUGCUCAACGUACUUCCUCUCCAACAUUGUCAGAUUCAGUUUAUGGGUGUACUUCUUAUAGCAUGUAAGGUGCCACCGAGCAUCGUGUUUAACUAAGUCCUCUACAGUGGUAUUCUCCAAAGAGUCAGCUACUCUUCGUCUCCCAAUUGAUGCCUAAAAAUUAUCAA